CUCAAAAUAAAAUUCCUUUUAAAAAUUUAGUAGAAUUGCUCAAUAUCAUGUAUAAAUCCAAAAAUGGCGACAAAUUCAACGCACAAAUGCUGCUGCUUCAAACAAUGCACUACAAAAAGUGAACUUUUAGAUCCAGAAAAUUCAUCCAGAGUAGAAGUGAAGACAACUUUUCCUAAGUCUCUGAUAAAAAGUAAAUCAUUAAUAGACUGGUCAUCUAAAGGUGAAGCUAAAUUCCAUCUUGCUUGCUGGGAGCUUAUUCAAAAUGCAUCAAAAUCUAGGGGCAGAAAACAAAAGAUCAGUUUAACAAAUCAAGAAAAAGCAAUGGUAAAGGAGGCUUCUGAUACUGCAGAAUUUCACGACUCUCAUGAUGUGAUUAAGGAAAAAGCUGCCAAAGUUGCAGAGCUAAUUAAGAAAGCGAAACAUUGUGUGGUUUUUACUGGAGCUGGUAUAUCAACAAGUGCAGGUAUAGGAGACUACAGGGGUAAAAGUGGUAAAUGGACUGAGAUGGAUAGACAGAACGACGAGCCAGAGCCUAAGAAACAAUGCAAAGAGCCUGAAGAUGAAGCAGGCAUCAGUCACUCAGAUUCCGAGGAUGGUGAGCUAGUACUUCCUGAUGAAGAUGGUGUUGAUUAUGAAGACUUGAGACCCACAUACACACAUGAAGCCCUCAAAAAGCUUGUGGACAUGAAUCUAUUGAAAUAUGUCAUCAGUCAAAAUGGAGAUGGCUUACAUGGUUUAUCAGGGAUUCCAAGAGAAAAACUAGCCGAGUUACAUGGCAAUGUCUUCAUAGAGAAAUGUGAAAGUGCCAAACAGUCUAUGAAAGAGAUCAUUACGUGUUAGAUGACCAUUGCAGCUUAUACUAUGAGGAACUAGAGGAGAAUGGAGAAACUGACAUUAUAAAACCUAAACAUGCAAAACAAUGCUCACUGUGUCAGUUGAGCCAUAGGACAGGCAGAAAAUGCACCAAAAAGGGCUGCAAAGGCUACCUAAUGGACAGCAUUAUUAACUUCCGAGACAAUCUUGAUGAUGCCAUCUUAGAUGGUGCCAUUAACAAUGCAGAGAUGUGUGAUGUUAUGAUCUCUCUUGGAAGCACCAUGACUGUAACACCUGCCAAUUCUCUAAUAGAUACUAGUCCAAAAAUGAUGAGCCUGAUAAUAUGCAA